GCGUCCACCAGAGAAGACCGUCCAGUGUCACCGAAUCUCAGGGGGCGUUGGCGUGGAACACCAAGAAUUUAAAGUCGAAGGUCAAAAAGUCAGAUGGAUCGGGGCUCUCCCAAGUCAUAGGUCAACGAAAGUUUACACGAGCGUCCUCCCUCUCCGCCACAAGAGUGGUUACCACCAAAUCUUCUGGCGGCAAUUCCCCCCACAGUGUUCCAGAAAGGGUGACAGCUGUUACAGAAACAGACCGUUCGCCCGGCAGCCAUUAUGUUCCCCACAGGGUGACAGCUGGCACAGAAGCAGACCGGUCACCAGGCAGUUGUAAAAUGAGUCCUCGGCAUUCCCCGAUAUUAAAGCCGAGCAAAGAAACGCCAGCAAAGACGUCCCAACACUACAGAAUGGGUAGAAAAGAGUCUUCCCCCGGCUCCGCAAAACCGCACUCAGACCACACCAACAUGCACAAGUUGUUCCAAAGCAUCCAGCAAAG